AUGGGCAACUGCACGAGUUCUGAGGAGGAUCGAGAUGCACGACAGCGAAGCCUUGCCAUCGACAAGGGCAUCCGCCAAGAAAGCGAUGUCAUGAACACCGUUAAACUUCUGCUGCUCGGUGCGGGGGAAUCUGGAAAAUCAACAUUUCUGAAGCAAUUCAAGCUCAUCCAUGGCUCUGGGUACUCGGCCGAGGAGCGAUUGGCGUACCGCCCGAUGGUGCUGGGCAACGUCGUCAAUGCCAUCCAGUCGAUUGUCGAUGCCAUGGAGACGCUUCAAAUCCCAUAUGAAAACAGUGAAAUCAAGAAUCAGAUCGGCACCGUUAAAGAGCUCCCAAAGACAUUUGGGGAAGGAGAUGUUAUCAACGAAAGCACAGUUGCGUUGAUCCAAACCUUGUGGACCGACAAGGGAAUUCAGCAGUGCUUUCAGCGAUCGAACGAGUACCAGCUUUUGGACUCAGCGUCUUACUUUCUUUCAGACCUUGCUCGAAUAUGCGCGCCCCAGUACGAACCGACCGUCAGCGAUAUGCUGAGAGUGCGCGUGAUGACAACGACGAUCACUGAGACCAAGUUCAAGAUUGACAACGUGAUAUUCCGGAUAUUUGAUGUCGGUGGCCAACGGAGCGAGCGACGCAAGUGGGCCUCGUAUUUUGAUGAUAGCAACAGUAUCAUCUUUGUGGCUGCCAUAAGCGCAUACGACCAGACAUGCUUUGAGGACAACAAGACCAACCGAGUUCUCGAGUCCUUGACACUCUUCGACUCGAUUUGCAACCACCCUCUUUUAUGCAAAACGUCCAUCAUCCUCUUUCUCAACAAAAUGGAUCUCUUCAAAGAAAAGGUGUCUCGGCUACCGAUCAAAAAGUACUUUCCGGAAUACAAAGGGUCGGACAACUACAAGGAGGCGGCCGAGUUUUUUGCCAAAAAGUUCCUCGAGAUCAACAAGUUCCACGAGAAGAAGAUCUACGUGCACUUUACGUUUGCUACGGAUACCACACAAGUCAAAACAGUGUUUGCCACCGUCACUUCGAUCAUUUUGAGAGCCAACUUGAUGAGGUCUGGGUUCUGAUGGCAGCGCCCCUCUCUUUCCGCAUAUUGCGUGUGCAUCUUUGGUUCCUGCUGCUGUACAUGUACUCUCUUCUGGUGGAUGGUUGCGCCAGAUGCUCUGCAAACCGCUGGAUGUUGGAGCCCCUCCCCCACUUUCGCAC